AUGGAGGAGGACUGCGAAGAGAGCACCACAAUCCCGGUGCGAUACAGGCCCGAGCCCCCGGACACGCUCGCGCGCGCCUCCCGCUUCACGCCCCACGAGAUCAAGCUCAUGUACCGGGGCUUCAAACAGGAAUGUCCGACGGGCAUGGUGGAUGAGGAGUCUUUCAAGAACAUAUUCUGCCAGUUCUUCCCUCUAGGAGAUGCAACACAGUACGCGCAUUACGUGUUCAAUGCGGUGAAACACAAGCAAAGGGGCAAAUUGAACUUUGAGGAGUUCCUGGAGACCCUAUCGCGCGUGGCGCGGGGGUCGGUCCAAGAGAAGCUCUCCUGGGUGUUCGCGCUCUACGACGUGGACGGGGAUGGGCGCAUCUCCAGGUCGGAGAUGGUGGCGGUGGUGCAGGCGGUGUACGAGCUGCUGGGCAGGGCGGCCGUGCCACCCGUCAACCCCACCUCUGCUAAGGACCACGUGGACAGGAUCUUCCAUCUAAUGGACGUGGACGCGGACGGGUCAGUGACCCCCGAGGAGUUGGCGCGGUGGAUGACGCGCGAUCCGGCUUUGCUGCACUCGCUGGACACCCUCGACACGGUGUUG